AUGGGUUUAAAAGAAAUCUGGUCACUCUAUGAUAUAAAGCUUAUUGGAGAUUUUUAUGCCCAGGGUCAAGUUGAAUUCAACAAGGACACAGAAGACUGCCAAGAGCAGCAAAUCCUAAUCAACUCACAGCAUGGAGAUGACAGAUCAUGCCAAGAGAACCAGUUAACUAGUGAGGAAGCGUCAGGCACUGUCCUGUUUGUCGAGACCACUGAGAAUACAAAGCUCUUGAGCAGUUUGCCUAGUGUCCCAUGGAAUGAAAAGGUUUUGAACUGCUUGUUUCGGAAGCCUGAUGCAGUUUUUAAGCUGAUUUGUUUUCCCUGGGCAGGAGGCGGCUCCGUUUAUUUUGCCAAGUGGGGUCAAACAGUUAAUGACUUAUUGGAAGUGCAUGCUGUAAGACUGGCUGGAAGGGAAACUCGAAGUCAAGAACAGUUUGCAACGGACAUCCAUGAAGUAGUUGAUGAAAUUGUAUCUGCUCUGCUUCCCGUUAUCCAAGACAAAGCAUUUGCAUUUUUUGGCCACAGUUUUGGAACCUAUAUUGCUUUUGUGACUGCACUGCGCCUAAAGGAGAAAUACAAAAUGGAACCGCUGCAUUUCUUUGCGUCCAGUGCGAGUGCCCCACACUCAAAAUCCCGGCCUCAAAUUCCUGAACUUAACCAAUUGUCAGAAGAACAAAUCAGACACUACCUUCUGAAUUUUGGAGGCACCCCCAAGCAUCUCAUCGAGGACAAGGACUUUAUGAAUCAAUGCAUUCCUGUUCUGAAGGCAGAUGUUAGCAUUUUGAAAAAAUUCGUCUUUGACAUGCCCUCAGAAACUCUCCUUUCCCAGGACAUAACAUGUUUCAUUGGAUCUGAAGACAUAAUAGAGGACACAGAAGGCUGGAAAGACAUAACCAGUGGGAAGAUUGACAUCCACAUGCUGCCAGGUGAUCACUUUUAUCUGUUGGACCCUGACAACGAAAACUUCAUCAAGAACUAUAUAACCAAGUGUUUGGAAUUGUCGUCACUUGAUUGCUAUUAGAUGGGCUUUCAAAUAUGCAAAUGGGCCACAAGCUGUCCCUGUAGGUCACAGACAUGUAGGUUUUUAGUUUUCGGAAAUUGUAAAGAUGCAUAUUAAUGAAUUUCUUCAUAGAACAUUCCUCUCUCUGGGGAAAAGAGAAAUGC